GUAGUUCCCUUGUACAGUGUUCAACUGUAGAAGAUAAUCCAAAUCAGAAGAUACUCUAUUUAUUUUUUUCAAAAAUUUUGUUUUAAAAUUCAUUCUUUGCUCAUAUUUCCAUAUGAACUUCAGAUUGUGGCUGCUCAUUACUGUUUUUGGGGAAUGAACAAUCAUGAAUGGUGCAGAGUCCGCAAAAUGAGAUGAGAUUGGAAUGAAAUUACUGGUAUAGGUGACUAUUUUGUUUGUUAAUAUGGAGAGAUUCUCUUAUAGAGAUCAUAUUCUGGUGGGAUUGGGGCACGGUAGUCCACGGAGAUCAGUCGGAAACCCCAGUUCUUUACCAAAUACCCCAUCCAGAAACUCCGAUGUGGUAGAUUUCAGUGACGUAUUUGGUGGCCCUCCCAGGCGUUCUUCAAUCCAUGAACUGCGGCACAGUGUUGGUGAUACGUAUGGAGAAGAAAGAAAAGAAGGAGAAGAAGAAGCAGUUGCCUCCUGCAGUUCAUGGUCUACUCUGAGCGAGAAGCCAGUUUUUGGUGAGGAAGGUCUGGUCCGGAGGAGAUACCCGAGCGAUGAUUUCUUCAAUGAUAUUUUUCGAGGUGACGAGUCUUCAAGCUCCACUCCUAAAAAGCCUGAUCGGGAUUCUUUCUCUUCAACGCCAGCUUCCAGGAUACUACGCCCUGUCCGCUCAGUACCCUCCAAACCCGAAACUUUUGGCCCUUCAUCACUCCCUACACAGCUCAGCCUUCCUACAAAGUUGGCCAAAGAGAUGGACUUUUUGGGGUACAAUACUUCUCCUAGUGGUAAUUCAUAUAGAAACAAGGAUGAUGCUUCAAAUGCUGGUUUUCCAUCUUCCCCAGGAGCUUUUAUCUCUAGAGCUUCAAACCAAGUGAUCCAGGGACAAGAUGACUUGAAAAAUGAUGCUCAGCUCUCUUAUCGUCAAAGUCCUUUAUCACGGGAGUUUUCUCUUAACAAUGAAGAGUCAUCAAAAGCCCCCAGGCUUGGUAACGAGGACAGAAGAGGACACUUGAAAAAAGAAACAAGCAACCCAGAAAUGCAUGAGGAACAAUUUCACUUCUCUAUAUUCAAAUGGGCAAGCAAAGGAAUGCCACUAGUGAUGCCUUUUAAGGGAGGGAAAGUUUCAAGCUCAAAAGAGAGGGGUAAUGACUCGAGUGGUUCAAGCUCAAGAGAAAAGAUCAAAAGUGAGAUAGUAGUAAGUGAAGUACCUGUUGAAUUUCCAUCUCUAAAUGAUAGAAUCUCGUCAGUGAACAGCUCAUUUCACACGGAAUGCGGAAAGCAAGGCAGUAUUUCAGUUAUCAAUUCAGUGAUUGAAGAUACAAUAGAUUCAUUUAGAUUUACUGAGAAAGCAGCAUAUUCCAAACCUGAUAGAGAACCGUUUCAAAGUAUUACCACAGAAGUCCCUAAUAGCUUCACCAUCCAGAAGGAAGGAAAAGAAACUAAUCAUUUUUCAGGUCUGUCUGGUUCUCCACUUGACAAAGGCUUACAUGGAAGCAUAAAAAAAGAGGCACAUGUCUUCAUGCAAGAAAAAGGCAAAGCUGAAUCAAAAUCUUUGCAUUCACUGUUGCACAACAAUUAUGACGGACAACGGAAGGACAGGAUGGCUAGACAGGCUGAAAAGAAAGACGACAAGGAAGGCACAGUUGAAACUAUUGAUGUAUCAUCUGGAAAUAUUGGUAGUGAUAAAACAAACAUGUUGGAUCUUGCAGCUAACAGUGGCUUGCAAGGUACACGAGAAAACUCAAGAGACAAACUUUUAGGAAUCCAAGUCAAGGGAAAAGUCAAAGAAUUUGUCAAACUUUUCAAUCAAGAAGCUCCUUCAAAACACAUAACUAAUGUUGGCACACAAGGUCAUAGCUCUGGAGGGAAAGAGAAGGUUGCAAGUGAAGCAGAUGAUGGAGCACACAUUUGUACAAGCAAGGCAGAUGGGAAAGAGAAUAUGACCGAUGUGAUCAAGGACGAAACAUCAACAAAUGACCAGGCCAUUGUAGAUCGAACUGUGAAACAAACAGAGAGAUCACAUUUUGUCGACACCACCUAUAAAUCUUAUGAUAUUUUCUCUGGAAGGACUGGUAACUCAGCAUCAUGCUCUGAAACUAUUCCUGCAAGUUUUGAGGCACCACUUUGGAAUGUAGAGGAAUCUCAUCUUGAAGAUAUUGAAGGGAGCUACCUGGUAGAAGAAUCAUCUCCUGACCAAAACAUACAACAAGAAGCUGUUGAGCAUCAUGAAGAACUCCAAAUUUCAGAUGCCAAAAUACGACAGUGGUCAAAUGGAAAGGAAACAAACAUCCGAGCACUGCUAUCUACUCUACAAUAUGUUCUUUGGCCUGAAAGUGGAUGGAAGCCUGUUCCCCUUGUCAAUAUAAUUGAAGGAAGUUCUGUGAAGAGAGCCUAUCAAAAAGCAUUACUAUGCCUGCACCCAGAUAAGCUACAACAGAAAGGUGCUGCAUCCCAACAAAAAUACAUUGCAGAAAAGGUCUUUGACAUUUUGCAGGACGCAUGGACUAAUUUCAAUUCGCUGAGUUCAUAUUGAUUGCACUAUAAGGUGUGAACAUCUGCCUCUACUCAACAAUGAGAAAAUCAAGUUAUUAGCGUUUAAUCACAGGGCAUUUAGACUGUACAUAUGUAUUUUGUGAUUUAUUCUUGGAAUUUUUUCCUUUUGUGUGGGUAUACAAUUCUUGAAGAAACCUUGAGAAGUAAAUAGUGAUUUAAAAUCAAACAAGGAGCCCAGGAAUACUCAAACUAGUGAUAUGUGAUAAUUAAGUUACCUGGACCAUUAACUCAGCAGCAAAGUUUGAUAAGUAAGAUUUGAGAUCACAUUUUACUUUCCAGCGAUUGAAUCUGAAAGAUUGCUGGAACAACUUUAUGCAUUAAGUGUAUUUAUAAAAAAAAAGGUUUGUGUAUUGAGUUCU